AUGGUGGGAGCCAAAGAGGAGGUAUUGGUCUGCAUGCGUGGGCUUCCGAUUAAAGUGAACACCACCUUCAUCAUUCCAAGACCUGCCACUGUCACUCCACCUGCUGACUUGCAUUACGACUUCUGCAAGUUAAAACCACUAUCCACCAAGGAAGCUCUUGAAGAACAACGUCUAUUAGAGUCCAUCGCUUGGCCUGAAACUCCAUCUUUACAAUCACCUCUUUCCCUGAGCAGUACCAGUCACCCAGCCCACAGUGUCUUCACCAUUCUCCCAAGGUGGGGAGGGGGACAGUGGCACAUAGGAGACAAACUUGAGGUUAUGAUUCAAAUGCACGAUUUCCAGGGACACUUGAAGAGGUCUGGGGGCGACGUCUUACUUGCCCGGCUGCAUAACCUAACCCUUGGUGCUGGUGUGGCAGGGCAAGUGUUAGAUCAUCUUAAUGGCUCCUACUCUGCUAUAUUUACUUUACUUUGGGAAGGAAGUGCACAGGUUCAGGUGAUACUGGUUCAUCCCAGUGAGGCAGUCACAGAGCUGCGGAGGCUGAACACAGAACAUCCUGACAGGAUUUUCUUCAAGAGCCAGUUCCACUUAGGCUCAGUCACUGAAACUACCACUUGUAAUGUAUGUCUACGUCCAACCCAGCAGCCUGUGUGCAACUACACUGACCUCCGUACAAAUGAGCCAUGGUUCUGCUACAAGCCAAAAAAUCUAAGCUGUGAUACCAGGAUCAGCAACUUCAACGGAGGAUAUAAACAAAAAAUUAGCACCAUGGAGAAGCUCUUUCAGAGUGGUGUCAAUCUGAAAGUCACUAUUCCUGCUUCAGGAGCGGCCAGUGUCAAUGUUUUGCCCAAACAGAACGGUCAGUCAGAGGUGGCCAGCAGCAGUGUGGGGUCUGGACCCUCUGGCUAUUACUUUCAGGGUGUGUGGAGAGGACUAGGUGUGACCCCAGUUCAUCAGUUCAACUCUUCCUCAGCCAUCACUCAGUGUCUAAAAGGAAAAAUGAUUCAUAUGUAUGGAGAUUCCACCAUGAGGCAGUGGUUUGAGUACCUUGAUGCAGCUAUACCAGAUCUAAAGGCAUUUAACGUGCAUAGCCAGAAAACAAUUGGACCUUUGAUGUCCCUGGACUACAAAAACAACAUUUUGGUGACAUACCGCACCCAUGGUCCUCCUCUACGAUCCGUCAGUGUCCCAGCCAUUGAGCUGCAUUAUAUUGCCAAUGAGCUCGACGAGGUGACUGGAGGCAGGGACACGGUCAUAGUACUUGGUAUCUGGGCACACUUUGGCACUUUCCCUAUUGAGUUCUUUAUCCGCCGGCUGCAGACCAUCCGCAGAGCGAUCGUCCGGCUGCUGUCCAGGGCUCCAGACACACUGAUUGUCAUUCGGACCGGAAACCCCAAAGGUUUGAAGACCUUCCUUCAUGCAUCUACUAACAGUGAUUGGUACUCAUUACAGCAGGACAAGGUGCUCAGGGAUAUGUUCAAAGAACUGAAUGUCCAUCUAGUGGAUGCCUGGGAGAUGGUCGUGGCCCACCAUCUGCCACAUGAGCUCCACCCACAACCUCCAAUUAUCAAGAACAUGAUUAAUGUUCUUUUGUCCUACAUAUGUCCUCGAAAGGGUGGAUAG